CUUGUCAAUGCUCAUGCUUCAUUGAACUUUUCGGUUCCAUUUGCGAAGGAUACGGUCGAGAAUUUACUUCGUCGAGCUGUCGCUAGUACGAGCGCUGGUCGGGACGGCGGUCUACUGAGUCAGAUGACAUGACAGCUUAGGCGGGGUAGCUUGGUUCAAAUACGGCAGACAUCAAUGCUUAUUCGCUUCUAUUCUUCAACAAAUGACCUAUGAAUCUCGCUCUGCCUUGUGUGCCUUGUAGUCUGGUCGGUGGUUUCCUCGCUGAAUCACUGCAGCCAUGCCAGCCUCCCUGCAGUCUCCUUUGCAACUUCCCAAUACUUCGCCGCACAUGGAGAAGUCAGAUCCACGGGCUAACAAGCGCAACGUUUGGGACCAAAUGCCAACCUGGGUUUCCUCAAAUCUACGCUCACGCAAGUCAUGGAAGAUGCUAGUGCGAUGUUGCGUUGCAUCGUGGGUCUCAUUCAUCAUAUUGCUACCCUCGAAGUCGCUGCAGGCUAUGGGGAAUGCCGCAUUCUUCGGCCUUCUAGGUAGCUUGAUGAUUCCACCCAAUAUGCCUGUCCAGAUGUAUCUUGCGGCAUUACUCACGCUAAUCGUCGGUGAAUGCCUUGGCUGGGCGUUCGGUGCCGCUGGGAUGCGUGCUGCACUAGCGGUGCGCAAUCAGGUUGUGACGCAGGCAGAGCUACAGAAGGUAGCACAAAGUGCUGCCGGACUAGCAAACCCUGAUGCGCUCUAUGUUGCGAGCAUCUUCAACGGAGACUUCUUGGACACAAACUCUACAGUACUCUUUGGUGUCUUUCUAGGCAUAGGCACAUUUCUCUUGGCAUUAAUUCGCGCAUAUGCUCCCCGUCUCACGCUGCUGAGCAUAUUUGGAACGAUUGCCAUUGACAUAUACUGCAGCUACGGUCCUCUUUUCCCAUUUCCUCAGUACACAAUUCUGAACUCAUUACUGAUCUCACUCUCAUGCUACGUCGCAAUCGGACUUGUAACCAUCAUCCUUGUAUUCCCCGAGACGCUCAACCACGCUGCUCUCUCCAGCACUUCGGAGUUACUUGGGCAUAUCGGCGAGGGCAUUAUGCUGCAGGAGGAAAUCCUGAAUGCACCAGCAGCGCAAUUAAUCGGUGAUGGCGAGAUGUUGGGGAAGGCGGCGACCGCGCGAGAACACAUGAUCGCGAACAUGAAACAAUUAUCCUCGCAACUACCCUUGCUCAACCUAGAGUUCAGCUGGGGAAAAUGGAAUGGCAACGACAUCAAAGCUCUCAAAGAACCAUUAAUGACACUUGUCGGCCGUCUUGCCGCACUUCAGGGAUUUUCAAAGCUUCUUGGCUCAUACCUUUCAUCCUCGGCUGAUUUGUCGGAGGCUUCCUUCCAUGGUGAGAAGCCUGAUGCCGAGGAUUGGAAGACCGAACAGCGAUCGGUGGGCGAUGCGGAGUUAUUCCGCCAGCUACACACACGCCAUCAUUCGCAUGCAGCACCUAUCCCUCUGACGGAUUUGGUCCCGGUACUGGGCGACGCCACUCGCGAACUUCGUGAAGCAAGUGCAAAUGCCAUUGCAUCCUGCAAGGCUGUGAUCGACUCUAUAAACACAAAGCGGUACAUCCGCGGGAAUGUUGCGGAUCUCAAAGUGCACCUGGCCGAGCUCGAUGCUGCCGAGCAGAGACUGGUGAAGGCUAUCGAUGCAUUCAAAGAACGAGAUCGACUGAUACUACUGGAACCCUUCCAUGGUCUGCUCGAUGCGGUUGCGAGUGGCAAGCAAAUCGAAGAGCGUGGUAACGCGCCCUUCCGUCCUUUGUAUAUAGCCUUCGUCUUCACAGCGAAUCUGGUCACGGUUGCGAAAUCCGCGAAAGCAGUGGUCGAGGUUAUUGGUGAUACGGCGAGGAAAAGGAGGCAGAAUCGACUGUGGGCACCGAAGGGCAUCCGCGCGAUUGGCAAGCUGAUAACGCAGCGAGGCGAUGCGGGUGAAAGAGCACUGGGUGAAGAUCCCGCGCCUUUUGAAGAAGAAGAACCGGAACAGGUGAACGAGAAGGCAUACAGUCGAGAUCCCGAUGCCGGACCUCCUAGCAACUUUGUUCAACACAUCAUGAACACUGUGCAUGGAGCAUAUUUGUGGGCGAAGACACCGGAAGCAUUGUUUGCAUUCAAGUAUGCGGCGUUGACAAUCGCUCUAUGGAUUCCAGCAGUAUGCAAGACCAGUGCUCACUUCAUAUAUGCGCAGAAGGGGCUAUGGGCCCUCAUUAUGGCUCAAACCACUCUCAAUAUCUAUGCUGCUGAUCAGAUAUGGAACCUCGUUUUACGUCUCGCUGGCACAUUCGUCGGACUUGUCGUGGGUUUACUUUGUUGGUACAUCGGAUCGGCGAAGAGCGACGGUAGUCCAUACGGAAUGGCCGCCAGCGUCGCAGUGUUUCUUUUCCCUGUUCUAUUUCUGAGGCUCUUUGCUCCGCCGAAAUAUGUAUCAGGUAUUAUGAUGGGCGCGGUAACAUGGGCGCUAAUUGUGGGCUACUCCUGGCUCGAUGGACAUAUUACCGUGCUGGGAGACGUUGGCAUUGGAUGGCCCGUCGCAUGGCGAAGGUUCGUGUUGGUGAUCAUCGGUUCUGUCGCGUCGUUCGUCGUGAUGAUCCUCCCUCCCACUUCGGCACGCAAAUCUGUCAGACUCCGCUGCUCAUCCACCAUAUCCUCACUAUCAUCUCUAUAUCAGCAUCUAAUGUCGGCAUGGAUCAAUGACAGAGCAUUCGAUGACUCGGAGAAGGGUGGCUCGGAGGAAUCAAAGUGGGCACAGCAGUUCCGCGAGAGGUUCAUUGGCGUGUCACAAGAUAUUCAACUGUUGAAGGCUCAGGCUAGUAUCGCGAAAUUUGAGGGUAACGUUCGUGGGACAUGGGCCUCUGAAGAAUACAAUCGUCUCGCAGACGUCGAGGGAGAGAUAGCUGUAAAUCUCGCAGUCAUCGGGGGCUCCCUGGCUCACCUGGAUCACGGCACCCGAAUCGCCCUGCUCCGACAUACGAAGGUCGUCAAUCCAAACUUCAUUAGCGACGUCAUAUCGACCUUUGUAGCAAUCUCGCAGUCGCUCCGCACUGGGGAAUCACUCUACCAAGCACAAUUCCAGGACCUAAUGGAACGGGUGUUCUACCACGGCGAUUAUUCAUCACCAAUCGACAGGAUAAAUCAGGAGGCGCGGAAUGAUUUCCGGUUGCAGCACUUGCAGUCAAUUUUCAGUUACGACUAUAUGUUCUAUGCGAGCGCCAUUGUCUCCGUAUUCAAAAUGCUGCAGGGUGUGAAUGAGGCUCGAGCGAUCACUUCAAGACUAUGCGGCGAGGUUCCUAUGGUCGGUUUCGAGCAAUGGCGAGAGACCUUUGAGCGCGAUUACAGCGCGGCGGUCUUGUCUUCCUGAACAGCUUCCCUUAGUGCAUACACUGGAUUCUGCCUUAAGGCUCCAUUGAUCAUUCUUAGACCCCAGCAGACUGCGUUGUCACAUUGAAUUUGUUAUGAUCCUAUUCUCACUAGUAAUCUUUAUUUAUGUCAUUAUCAAUGGAUGCGUACAUGGUGCUCCCUUC